UCGAACCCUUUAAUUCAUUUCAAAAUCCCGCUCCAGUUUUGACUCUUCGAGUUUGAACUCAACCCAAAUCUGAAAACCCUAAAAGAUGAUUACCAGAACACCAGCCGCUAGGAAACGCAGGGCUAAGGAUCUCUCAAAUUCUCCUCUCGUAAUGUAUGAAGAUCCUCCUGAGUUACCUCUAUCUUCUUAUGAACCUUCUUCUUCCUCCCCUUCUGAACAGAUGUUAUGUACCUAUCAAUGUCGUCAAAUGGUGAAAUCUGAGUUCUUAGAUAAUCUGGGAAGUGCAGAAAAGCAAGUGCGUGAUUAUAAAACUAAAUUGGAGUCAAUGAAUGAGGUUCUUUCCAAGACUGAAGCGGAGAGAAAGAAGUUCAAAGAUCAGUUCUUUUACGCAGAACAAGAACUUGCUGCUGCUAAAGGGCGAGAAAAGGCAUUGCAAGAGCAGUUAAUGAAAGAAGUUACUGAUUCUCAAGAAAGAAUUAAAAAACAAAUACAAUCCUUCAGUGAACUUGAGGUGAAGCACCAAAAAGAAGUCAGUCUUCGCAAGAAUGCUGAGUCAUCAGCAGCUUCAGCUAAAGAUCAAGCAAGCACGCUUGAGCAAAAACUUAGCCUUGUAUCUGAAAGCAUGGAAAGGGAGAAAACUCGUCUUCAAAGGGACCUCACGGAGUUGAAAAAAGAGUCCAAGCUUUCUAUUUCUAGAAUAAGUGCAGAUCUUGAUCAUAUGGCUUGCAAAGCUAAUAAUGCCGAAAAGGAAUCAGAGCUACUAAAGACACAGCUGGAGGAUCUCCAUGAGCAGCUAAACGAGUGUAUGCAUCAGAAGGGUGAUUUAGAGAAGAAACUAGUAGAUUUCAGUUUUCAAUCUCAAGUGGGUUCUCCCAGGCAGAGUGAUAUUCUGGUGAAGCACUUGCAAGAAGAGCUUAGGAACUACCAAACUGAAGUCCAAGAAGCUAGGAAGUUGAAAUCCUCCCAUGAAAACAGUGAAUUACUGAAAGAGAAAUUAUUGGAAGAAAAAGGUCGUAAAGAUCGGGCAGAAGCAGAGCUACUUAAAUUACAAGAGGUCCUGCUUGAUUCAAAAAAACUGGAGGAUGAACUCAUGUCGUGGAAGUCAAUAGACAACGAUAUUCCUGGUAUCUCGUGUGCGCAAGAUGUACUUACUAAGUUUGCAGCUUUGCAAAAAGAGGUGAUUAUGAACAUGGCAAAGGUUGGUGAAGUAAGUGCCAGUUUGAAGCAGAUGGAGGUAGCUUUGGAAGUGGCUGAACUUGGUAAACAACAAACGGAAUCUGAGGCUGCAUUGGCCAAAGAGAAGGCAGGUCAAGCAAUUUCGGAAGUUAAAAGACUUGAAUCGAUGCUCCAUUCGGUUGGUGAGGAGAGAGAUAGGUUAAGAAGUGACGCUCUUGCGUCAAAGAAGCAGAAGCAUGUGGAGGCAGAGACUGAACCUGCGAAUGGAUCUCUCAUUCAGGAGUUGGAGGCAUCGCUUGCUAUAAAAGAAUUAUCUAUUAGAGAGCUGGAGAAAAAGUUGUCUGAACAAAAGGAAGUCAUUACUCGUCACAGUGAUGAAAUAGUGGUGCUCAAUGAGAGGCUACAUAACGAGGCUAGAAGAAUUAAAUCAUUGGAGCGUGAAGGUGAUCGGCUUCGUUCAGAAAUUUCUCUUCUGGAGUCCAAGUUAGGUCAUGGUGAUUAUUCUGCUUCAAGUACAAAGGUUUUACGGAUGGUGAACACGUUGGGAGUUGAUAAUGAGGCAAAACAUACAAUAGAAGCAUUGCGUACUGAGUUGGAAAAAGCCAAAGAAAAGUUACAAGCUGUUGAAGAACUCAAAGGAAAAUCAGAUACUGGCACUUAUAUAGAUUCCAAUAUAUCAGAAAAGCUUGCGCAACUCAAAGCACAAAUAGCAACCCUGGAAAAACGUGAAGAAAGAUACAAGACCGUCUUUGCUGAAAAAAUCUCAGUGUUUAGAAGAGCAUGCUGCUCGCUUUUCGGCUACAAGAUCUUAAUGGAUGAUCAUCAGCGUCCUAAUGGAAUUCCAGUAACAAGGUUUACCCUUCAAUCCAUUUUUGCUCAGGGGGAAGAUGAGAAGCUUGAUUUUGAAUAUGAAUCAGGCAACACAAACCUUUUGGACAAUGAAUACACCUCCCAACAUGAGGUUGCGCAGCAGGUUGGGAUAUUUAUAAAGAAGUAUAAUUCAAUUCCUGCAUUCACAGCUAACUUGACUAUAGAAUCCUUCAACAAGCGGACAAUUUGUUGAAACUGAAACAAGUAGUUUGAUUCUUCUGAGGUAUGCAGUGUGUUCGGCCUAUGAAGCUUCGAGUUCUUCAUUUUCUUCUAUUAGUGUAUGUUCUUCAUGUACAGUAAAGUUGUGUCAAUCUCUGAUUUGAAAUGAGUAAAUUAUAACAAACUUCGAAUUUUGGAUGGUUCAGUUCUUUUUCUUGAUGGGGUUAAUCCACUGAAAAAAAGAGAAAAAAAAUGAGCCGAUGAAAAGCAUUAGUUUUUGUUGGAAUAAUAUGCCUCUGUAGACAUCAUUGGCCAAAUUCUGACCGGAAAUGAAGAAUCUAUGAGCCUA